AUGAACGGGGUGGCGGGGGCCGGCGGGCCUCGGUGCCAGGCGGCGCUCGCUGCCCUGGCCUCGCUGUGCCGGGCCCGGCCGCCCCCUCUCGGGCUGGACGUGGAGACUUGUCGGAGCUUCGAGCUACAGCCCCCAGAGCGACACCCGAGCGCGGCCGACGCAGGCACUUCUGACAGCCUACUCGCAGUGGUAGUGACUGUGUGUGGCGUGGCCCUGGUGGCAGUUUUUCUCUUUCUCUUUUGGAAGCUGUGUUGGACGCCCUGGAGGAACAAGGAGGCCUCCGGUCCCUCUUCUGCUGACCUGGCCCUGGAAGCCCUCCAGAGCCCCAGCUCCAGAGGCAACAUGGCGGACAAGCUGAAGGACCCCCACACCCUGGGCUUCCUGGAGGCGGCCGUGAAGAUCAGCCACACGUCCCCCGACAUCCCGGCUGAGGUGCAGAUGUCGGUCAGAGAGCACAUCGCACGUCACACGCGGCUGCAGAGGCAGACCACAGAGCCAGCAUCAUCCACCAGGCACACGUCCUUCAAGCGCCAUCUGCCCCGGCAGAUGCACGUCUCCAGCGUGGACUACGGUAACGAGCUGCCGCCGGCUGCAGAGCAACCCACCAGCAUCGGCCGCAUCAAGCCCGAGCUGUACAAGCAGAAGUCGGUGGAUGGGGACGAUGCCAAAUCCGAGGCCGCCAAGAGCUGCGGGAAGAUCAACUUCAGCCUGCGCUACGACUACGAGACCGAGACCCUGAUCGUACGCAUCCUGAAGGCCUUCGACCUCCCUGCCAAGGACUUUUGCGGCAGCUCUGACCCUUACGUCAAGAUCUACCUCCUGCCCGACCGCAAAUGCAAGCAGCAGACGCGGGUGCACCGCAAGACCCUGAACCCCACCUUCGACGAGAACUUCUACUUCCCAGUGCCGUACGAGGAGCUGGCCGACCGCAAGCUGCACCUUAGCGUCUUCGACUUCGACCGCUUCUCCCGCCAUGACAUGAUUGGGGAGGUCAUCCUGGACAACCUCUUUGAGGCCUCCGACCUGUCCCGGGAAACCUCCAUCUGGAAGGAUAUCCAGUACGCCACGAGUGAGAGCGUGGAUUUGGGAGAGAUCAUGUUCUCCCUCUGUUACCUGCCCACGGCCGGCAGGCUCACCCUCACGGUGAUCAAGUGCCGGAACCUCAAGGCGAUGGACAUCACUGGCUACUCAGAUCCAUACGUCAAGGUGUCCCUGCUCUGUGACGGGCGGCGACUGAAGAAGAAGAAAACCACCAUAAAGAAGAACACGCUCAAUCCUGUCUACAAUGAGGCCAUCAUCUUUGACAUUCCACCAGAGAACAUGGACCAAGUCAGCCUGCUCAUCUCAGUGAUGGAUUACGAUCGAGUGGGCCAUAAUGAGAUCAUCGGAGUGUGUCGGGUGGGCAUCAGCGCCGAAGGCCUGGGCAGGGACCACUGGAACGAGAUGCUGGCGUACCCGCGGAAACCCAUUGCACACUGGCACUCCUUGGUGGAGGUAAAGAAAUCCUUCAAAGAGUGGCAGGGUCGCGCCGCCAGCUUCGACAGCGAGAGCACGUGUCCCUCUCCGAAGCCACCUCCGACACCAUGAGCUGCACGGCUGAGCGACGCAGACGGG